AUGCAUGUCCUUCAAACCUCCAUCAUCAAUUAUGCCUUUUUUGUCGCUUCUGCCAUCUCACAGUCCCUUCCCACCGUAGAUCUUGGCUAUGAAGUCCAUCGAGCCAUCGCCUUGAAUGCAUCCGGAGGCUACUACAACUUCUCCAACAUCCCCUAUGCAGAGCCUCCCAUCGGCGCCUUGCGCUUCGCCAAACCCAUUCCUCCAAAACAAACAGACAGCUCCACCAUCAACAAUGGCAGCGUCGAGCACAUCUGCCCGCAAGGCCAACCCUUCAUCAAUGCCAUCAAUACCAAGUUCCUCGAGUACUACAUCGCCGAUAAUACAUCCACAUUCCCCUUCGCCCAACUCAACGACUCACUUUACGCGGAGAGCACGGCGCAACUGGUCCCUCGGCAGGAUCCACGAGUAAGCGAGGACUGUCUCUUACUGGACGUCAUGGUGCCCCGACAGGUUUUCAAUAACAGCACAACCCCCUCUGUCCCCCAAAAUUCAAGCGCUGGCUUGCCCGUCCUCGUCUGGAUUCACGGUGGCGGCUUCGGCUCAAAUUCCAAGGAAGAAGUCGGCAACCCCGCAGGCUUGAUCAAAGAUGCUCUUGAGGCCGAUGGAGAAGGUGUCGUUUACGUUGCGAUGAACUAUCGGCUUGGAGCGUUUGGUUUCUUGGCGGGACCUACUUUCGAAGCGAGCGGCGGGACUGCGAACAAUGGACUCUAUGAUCAACGCUUGGCUUUUGAUUGGGUGCAGAAGUACAUCCACCUCUUCGGCGGAGAUCCAAACCGCGUUACCAUCUUCGGAGAAUCCGCGGGGGGCUCAUCGAUUGUGUUCCAUAUUACUGCGUACGGCGGCACCGCAGGCCCAUCCCCAUUCCAGCAGGGUUUGCCCAUGAGUCCUUGGUUCGUGAGCGACAUCCCGGCGCAGCAGCAAGAAAAUGCCUUCAACCAAUUCCUAGCCCUGGCCAACGUCUCCACCUUAGAGGAACUCAAGAAAACGCCUAUUGGCUCUCUCAAUACGGCCAACAGCCUCGCGGUCGGCUUCGGCGCUUACAACACCCCAGGCCAUUAUGGCGCAUUUACCUACGUCCCGGUCGUCGACGGCGAGUACGUCCCCGAUGCCCCUGGCCGACUGCUCCUCCAAGGCCGCUUCGACAAAUCAAUCAAAGUAAUGAACGGCCACAAUGCGGCUGAAGGCGUCCUAUUCACCCUCCCAACCGCCAACACCUCCGACGCCUUCACCAGCCUUGUUCAGCUCUGGCUGCCAAGCGCAAACGCCAGCACGGUCUCUUACAUCACGACAACGCUCUACCCUCCAAUCUUCGACGGCAGCCUCCCCUACACCGACAACCUCAGCCGCUCCAUCCUCUUCGUGGCCGAAUACGCCAUCACCUGCGCCACCAACUUCCUCGACCGCGCCUUCGACAAUCAAACCUACGGCUACCAGUUCAGCGUCCCGCCCGCCUUCCACGCCAACGACAACAAAUACACCUUCUACAACGGCCCCGGCACAAACGACACCUAUGGCACUUACAACGUCACCGUCGCGCUCGCGCAUCAGCGGCAGAUCGUCACUUUUGCGGAAACGGGCGUCCCGGAGGGUAUUCCCAUCUACGGCAACGGGACUAUCCUCGAUUUGAACAACACGGGCUUGCCGUUUCAGCCGAUCCCGGAUCCGAACGCCAAUAAUCGCUGCCUUUUCUUUCAGCAGGGCGACUUUUUGAAUUCGACGACGGGGACGUUUAAUGCUUCCGUGAGCGUCUAUCCGAGCAAUGAUACCAGUGGCGCUACGAACGGGACGAUGAUGGGGAGUGGGGAAGUUGGAUCUGCGGGUCAGAGCAAAGUGUCGAGCGAGGGGGUCAAGAGGGGAGGCAUCCGCUUCGUGGAGAUCGCUGCGGGGGCUGUGGUGGUUUUGGGGGCUGCGUGGUUGUUGUAA